AUGAACAUCAUCAAAGUUGGUCCUGGUCCUCGUGUUCGUGUGGUUCAUGCCCCCAACGCAUCUCAGUUGCGCCGCGAUUUUAAUUCCGGAGCAUGUUCAUCACCGGUGGCUUUUGACCCUCUCUCUGUGACUUCCCUUAGUCUUAGACCUAAACCUUCAUCUCGCCUCCAAUGCCAUCCUGUCCUUACAUCUCGCCAGCCUCUUCAUCUCCGUUUCGCCGGUGGACAAGGAAUGAUGGAAAAUAAUGAGGAUUUCCAGAGCAAAUCUCUUCAAGAAGCUAUGGAACAAUUUAAGGGACAGUCAAUAGAGGAUAUAUUACGACAACAAAUUCAGAAGAGAGGAAGUGGAGGCCAGCCUCCUGGAAGACGAGGUGGUGGGGGGGGUGGGGGCGACAGUGGCAGCCCUGGGGGAUCAGAUGGGAUGUCAAACGAAAAUCUUCAAGUUGUUUUAGCUACAGUUUGCUUUGUAUUAAUGUAUAUUUUUGUCAUCAAUGGCUUAGAACUUAUAAAGCUAGCUAGGGACUGCAUCAAGUUUGCCUCUGGUAAAGGCCAGAGUGCUCGAUUGAAGCGAGCCGUGGACAAAUGGGUACAACUUUACAAGAAUAUCAUUGAGAAGAAGGAAGUUCUCAAGAAUAGAUUGGCGAAAACCUACACAGGCUGGUUCGACCCUGAUUUCAUCCGACGUGUCUCUAGGCAUCAUGUAAAAUCAACUCAUGAAUAA